UCAUCUAGCCGAGAGAAAGAAUGGAGUUGUUAGUUGCGCAGUAUACUCAACUCGAGGAAAAUAUAUUGCGAAAUAUCAAACGCAAUGGCAUAGAGCAUCGGCCAAAUGCAAGCAGUGGAUUAUGGCUAGGCGCUUUAGUUGGCCUGAGUGCUGUGGUUACGAUAUUGAGAGAAGAUAGCAGUUACUCCGAGAUAUGUCUCUUUGUAGGAACUACGGGCUUCGGUCUCGUUCUCUGUUCUCUAUGCCUUUACGCACGGCUUUCGAUGAAACAGGUUGUAGCCAAGGACUUUCAUGCAGUAUACUUUGUACCUGCGAUUAUAACAUCUGUACUGUUUUUACUUGCUGCUAACAAAGGACUGUUGACGAGUGUCACAUGGGGUCUGACUGUCGGAAGUUUUGGCACAUGGGGCGUUUUACAAUUGAUGUCAGCUUUUCCACGCUGCUUUACAAUGGGAGAAGCCACAGUGGUUACUCAUAGUUUUAUUUUAUUCUUGAUGUCGAUUGUUACCAAUUUACCCUUACGAUAUCAUUUACCUCCAAUUCAUGACAAUGAUAUAAGCACAGUUUUGUUGCAGGUUGUGAUAUUGUAUGUAAUAUCGAUAUGCUUCCUGUGUGGAUAUUUUCCUGCUCUUCACAGCACAACAUACUUUUAUUUAAUGAUAAUCAGUCUCUUGUGUUUUGUAACUCUUCCGAUACUUUACAUUAUUCUCGAUCAAAAUCCAAUAUCAUGGAUAGUUUAUUUUGCUUUUAACAGUCAUCGAAGGAUUGCAAUAUUUAUGUAUUGGGCAGUGUGUUUUUUGUUAAGUAUCUUUAUCAUAAUCUAUCAGAUAUCGUCAAAAUCCCAAGCUACAAAUUCGACUAGAAAAAAUUUUCAUAUAUUAGCCACAUUUGUAUAUAUUCCUGGCAUGAUAUAUGAUCCUUCGCUAUUGUAUCUUGCUAGUGGUGCGAUGUUUAUAAUAUUUAUCGCUCUUGAGGUAAUUAGAUUUUUAAAAGUUCCGCCUUUGGGAGAAAUUUUACAGCAAGGAUUUAUUGCAUUUGUCGACGAAAAGGAUAAUUUACUUUCAUUAACACCUGUAUAUCUAUUGUGUGGUUUAUCAUUACCCCUUUGGAUGCCAACUAAUAAUUUGACGCUAAUGGUAUUACUUAGCGGCGUGCUGACAGUAGGGAUUGGUGACACUGCUGCAAGCUUUGCCGGUAACAGAUGGGGUGCACACAAGUGGCUCGACACGGAAAAAACUAUCGAAGGCACCAUCGCAUGCAUAUUUUGCCAAGUUUGCGUAAUAUUCACGCUAACAUGCUGUGGUUUUGUGGAUAAUUAUCAGUUACUGUUGAGAAGUAUUUUGGCGACUGUAUUAAUAUCGUUGAUCGAGGCACGCACAAAUCAAGUGGACAAUCUGGCUCUGCCAUUAUUAAUGUAUGUAUGUUUAAUGAUAUAAGCGCGUACGUCGUUCUUUCCAAUUUGAUAAAAACUCGAUAGCUUAAAUUAAUUUUUUUUUAAGAAAAUUAUCAUAAUAACAAUCGUAGAUACAAUCAUUUCAUUAUAUAAUUAUUUUUGAUUGCUUUUUAUAAUGAAAAGUAAGGAGAUGUAUAAGUAACUUAUGCAGAACGUAUGGAACAUUUUUUUUAAUGCUGAUUCAAAGUAAAACUUAUAUUUCAUUGAUA